AUGACGACCAGGGCUAUGGAAGAGAGGAACAAGAGUAUGACGGACCCGGCUUCGACUAUGGACCUCGAUUUGGCUGAUUUAUCGGAUACUUCUAUCGACGACGACGUCGUCCUGAGGCAGACACCGACGACGGUUGCUUCUCGGAAGAAGAGGGGCACUGGUAGUGGUUCGCGCGCUGCCGAUGCGCCAGAUGAUGGCUUCCGCAAACCGCCGAAGAAGCGUCAGGCGCGGGCGGCGCAAGCUCAGCCGCAGGCGGCGGAUAUUCCGGUGCACAACCGGUUCGAUGAUAUACCUGACGACGCUGACGACGCGGCUCAGUCCAGUGCCCAGCAGCAGGCGAACUUCGUCCCGCUUGACGACCCUGUGGACGCACAGUUCGUUCAAGAUGUGGACCGUGGCCUCGACGCCUACCUCUCUGCUGACCGCCGCGAUGACGAUCCGCUUCCAGUCUUCACCGCUGAUGAGGUGACCGCCUCCAUCCGGGCGAUGGCCGCUCACAAGGCUCCUGGUGCCGAUGACGUUCCCGGGAAGGCGCUCAAGGAACUGCCUCCUGCUGCUUAUGGUUAUCUGGCCCGCCUGUUCACCGCCAUCCUGACAUUCGAGUUCGUGAUGGCGAGCAAGGAGGACGUAUGUGACGCGCGCGCGGCCGCGGCAGCUGCCGCCGCCGCGCCGGAGCUGUCUGAUCGCCGUCCGGCGGCGCCCGCGGACCACGAGAAUAUGACGACCCAGCGAGACCCGGACGAUGAGAUGGACUACUCUACGGACCCUCCCCGUGUAGACUGCGCUACCGGCGCCCCGCAGCGGGUGCUUCAGCGCAAGCGAUCGGCUGUCACGUCAGCCAGUGAUGACCAACACACUUCUGGUACGAGUGACGCUGGCUUCAAGAAGCCGCCGCCUAAGAAGAGGGCGGCUCCACGACGGCGCACCCCUGUUGCCCCUGUACCUACUGCUAAUCCGUACGACGCCCUAGCGGAUGGCGCCGACUCUGAAGAUGCCGACGAGCCUCCACCGGCGACCGCCGACGAUGCCACACGUCGUUCCGGCCCUAAGCUGCCACCGAUUGUCAUCGACUACCCUGACGAUUACAUGACGCUUCGGGACUGGCUCCAGGCCAACCUGAAGAAUGCUUUUACCGCCAAACACUGCGGCGAAGACCGUCUGAAGCUGACUGUCGCCACCACUGAAGAUUACGUUGCUGUUAUGGACAUGGUUGGUGCACGUGGUAUACCGAACUACACCUUCCCCACCGUGCGUCCCAAAGUUCUCAAGGUUGCCAUGAGAGGCAUACCGCUGAAGAUGAAGGCAGACGCCUUUAAGGACGGCCUUAUCACUAUGGGUUUCGCGCCUACUGCUACCACGCGAAUGAAGAUGCCUGCCAGCCGCCGCCAGCGUGGACUACCUCCCUUGCGGGAGACGUCCCGCUCCGAUGGUCGACAGCUGCGGCGCCGAGCUGCGCCACCGCCUGCUACUCCUUCGCGCCAACCCGCCCAGCGGCGCCUGCUUGCUGCUCGGGCAGACCUUGGCUACGCCGACGUCCUUCAGGGCCGGACGACGCCUCCUCCUGCCCCUGCUGUCCAGCCUCCGCGACGCCCUGACGACGGGCCUGCUCCUCCUGCUGCAGCUGAUGAUUUCAUCGCGGUCCUCAAAGAAGUUCAAGCCACCCUUGUGGCUGUCUCCGCCGCACUGGCCCAGCUGCCGGCCGCCAUCACUGCUGCAGUCCAUGCAGCCCUCCGAAGUUUCCCCACCGCCACGGCGUCCACAUCCACUGGCCAUGGCUCGCAACCUUAG